CUUCUUCCUUGUCACAACAAUCUCUUCUCACCUCUUGCUCACUUCACUUUUUUCCCUCUCAUACCUUCUCUCACGCUUCUCCUCCUUCCACACGACGAGUUGACUCUGUACAGUCGAUUCUUACCCCCAUCCCCCUCUUAAUCAUCGAUUCUACACACAGGUGACGGACUUCGGCGCCCACCAUGUCUUACGGUGGCUACGGAUCAUCAAGAGAAGGCGGUUAUUCUAACGGUUAUGGCGGCGGUGGUCACGGCUACUCGAACGGCUACACCAACGGCUAUGGCGGGUCCAACGGAUACUCUGGCGGCGGCGGCGAUAAGAUGUCCAACCUGGGUGCAAACCUGAAGCAGCAGCAUUGGGAUCUGGACAAUCUACCAAAAUUCGAAAAAUCAUUCUACAAGGAGGAUCCCAUAGUCACCGCCAGGUCGCAGCGCGAUGUCGAUGAGUUCCGCAGAAAAAAUGAGAUCACAGUUCAAGGCCGCAAUGUUCCACGACCAGUCGAGACUUUUGACGAGGCCGGAUUCCCCAGCUAUGUCAUGUCUGAAGUCAAGGCUCAAGGCUUCACCAAGCCCACUCCGAUUCAAUCUCAAGGCUGGCCUAUGGCGCUUUCUGGCCGUGAUGUCGUCGGUAUUGCCGAAACCGGGUCUGGCAAGACCUUGACUUACUGCCUCCCCGCUAUCGUCCACAUCAACGCUCAGCCACUUCUUGCUCCUGGUGAUGGUCCCAUUGUCCUCGUCCUUGCCCCGACCCGAGAACUCGCCGUUCAAAUUCAGCAAGAAAUCACCAAGUUUGGCAAAUCCUCCCGCAUUCGGAACACCUGCGUCUAUGGUGGCGUCCCCAAGGGUGGCCAGAUCCGCGACCUUACUAGGGGCGUGGAAGUGUGCAUCGCCACUCCUGGCCGUCUCAUUGACAUGCUUGAAUCUGGGAAGACCAACCUGCGCCGCGUCACUUACUUGGUUCUCGACGAAGCAGAUCGUAUGCUUGAUAUGGGUUUUGAGCCUCAAAUCCGCAAGAUUAUCGGCCAGAUUCGUCCCGAUCGACAAACCUGCAUGUGGUCUGCGACGUGGCCCAAGGAAGUGCGACAACUGGCUUCUGAUUACCUCAACGAUUUCAUCCAGGUCAACAUCGGCUCCAUGGAUUUGUCGGCAAAUCACCGAAUUACUCAAAUCGUGGAGGUUGUGUCCGAAUUCGAAAAGAGAGAUCGCAUGAUCAAGCACUUGGAGCAGAUCAUGGAAGAUCGCAAUAACAAAGUUCUCAUCUUCACUGGCACCAAACGUGUGGCUGACGACAUCACUCGAUUCUUGCGUCAAGACGGAUGGCCAGCACUUUCUAUUCACGGUGACAAGCAACAAAAUGAACGUGACUGGGUCCUCAACGAAUUCAAGACUGGCAAGAGCCCAAUCAUGGUCGCUACGGAUGUCGCAUCCCGUGGUAUCGGUAUGAACAAACAGCAAUCCCCUCCCCUCGCCCCUUUUUCCCUCUUAUAUUCUGUAUCUUGCAUUUCUUACCAUUGCCGUCGUGUGGAAUGGUGCCGCGCUCUCUUCCCGCUUGUUACGCCUCCGCAUUGCGUAACUUGUCCAGGCUUUUGUGUUCUCCUCGGUCCUUCUUCCGGAAAUCCUGGAUUCUGUUGCAGUUUUGCCGGGACUCUGCUUCCUGGCAUCUCUAUAUCUGCUUUGUCCCAACACGUGUAGGUUGCGGGACACGUUUACUUGACCAGAUCAAACUGCAAAUCCAGGAUCUCUCACCUCCAAGGACCGUAGACGCUUGCCGAUCUCCCGGACAUGGACAUUUGUCACCCAAAAGGAUAAUGCUCCGAGCUUCAGAGAGUGACAUGCACCUCCGCUCACACGACCACACAUGGUCCCCGGCGCCCCGUAAGACCACCAAUGACUGAGUUGCUAACCUAUACUUGAAGAUGUUCGAGAUAUCACUCACGUGUUGAACUAUGACUAUCCCAACAAUUCUGAGGAUUAUGUUCACCGAAUCGGCAGAACAGGUCGAGCUGGCAAGAAGGGCACAGCCAUUACGCUUUUCACCACAGACAAUGCCAAGCAAGCUCGUGACCUAGUUUCCGUUCUACAGGAGUCGAAGCAAAGCAUCGAACCCCGUCUUGCAGAAAUGGCACGCUAUUCUGGAGGCGGUGGCGGUGGCGGCCGUGGAUAUGGUCGUGGCGGUCACCGCGGAGGCCGUGGUGGCUUCACUGCCUCCAAUGCUGCACCCCUUGGCCGGUCCAGGUGGUAAAGCAUGGUAUCGAACGAGUCGAUCGCUCGAGGCGACAUACCAACGGUGAGGACGACGACCACCCGUUUCCGUCACCUCGCAAGUCUUGUCACGCAUACAUCUUUCCUUCACCGUUCAAAGAGACAAUAGACUUGUUUUGUGCAUUACUGCCAUGUCAGGCUCAGGCGUCAGGAGGGGUCGGAGAUGGGAAAGAUAGAUUGUUUCUGUCUAUGAGCUGAGGGCAACUUUCCUCCCCCUCGGCAGGUUUUAUGCAUUCAUGGGGUUUUCAGGGUCGCGGGAGCAGCGGGGCUCCUUGCUGCAGAAGAUUUGAGCAAAAUGGUGAUAGAGCUGGUGUCUAUGACGAUUCCCAUGCCUCAUUCCAUAUCUUGAUUGGGGAGAGAGAAGUGAUAUGGAAGGCAUGUCUUCGGCACAAGCGUGCAGCAUUGUGACCAUUGGUCAAAAGACAAUAGACAUAGAGACUACUUGCUACAUAGCUUGAGUGUACAAUCGUGCAAUUGCCAUUGAUGAAAGUUGCAGUAUCGUGAUCACGGUGUUCGAU